AUAUUUAUGUUACAGAAAUAAGCCCUUAUUUUAUUCCAGUCACUGCUUUAUUUUUUUAAAUAGAGGGGAGAAGGCUAGCUAUAAUACAGCUGAUCCUUUUGAAACAAGUACCACUUUGUCAAGUGGUUGAUUUAUAGAUCUUUAAUUUCUAGGCAAAACUGCUUUGAGUUCCUUUCUGGCCUCCCUCUUGUUUGAGCUGAGCACUGUAUCCUGGAAGUACAGGAGAGACAGUGAGGAAGACCAGCGGGAAGGCCCCGUUCGGCUCUCAGAGGGAGAAAAGGGCCAGGCCCGCACCAUGUGCUGCACCAAGAUGCCCCCAAAGCAGGCCUGCGAGCUUCUUUGAUGUUUUCAAGUACACAGGUCCUCUGCUUUGUACAAACUUAAUUUCAUUCAGAUAACCAGUCUCUGCUUUCUUGUCCCUUCCCCAUGUUCCUUACUGGAUUUUUCCUAGCAUAGCCUUGAUUUUUUUCCUUUUUCACCCACCACAUGUAAGUGUUCUGUUUCCUGCUGACAGGUUUCAAGAUAUAAGUGUUCUGUCUCAUAUGAAGACCUCAGCCUUAAAAAUUCUGUUAAUGUUGGGCGGCACCUGUGGCUCAGUGAGUGGGGCGCCGGCCCCAUAUGCCGAGGGUGGCGGAUUCAAACCCAGCCCCGGCCAAACUGCAACAAAAAAAUGGCCGGGCGCUGUGGUGGGCACCUGUAGUCCCAGCUACUCGGGAGGCUGAGGCAGGAGAAUCGCCUAAGCCCAGGAGUUGGAGGUUGCUGUGAGCUGUGUGACGGCACGGCACACUACCGAGGGCAAUAAAGUGAAACUCUGUCUCUACAAAAAAAAAAAAAAAAAAAAAAAUUCUGUUAAUGAGGUUGCUGUUACUUUUGCUUUCACCAAGUGUCUGACUUUUAUUUUGCUGUAGUGUGUUGGCUUUGAAGGAUUUCUCAGUGGCUUAGCAGUAAUUCGAGUAAUGACGACGGUAGCACAGAUAUCUUUGAAGCUCUUUCGUAACACCACGUAACUGCAUAUUGUUUAGGGUAGAUACAAAAAUGGAUUUUUUUCCUAAGAAUCGGGUACUCUAGAAGAAAUUAUGGGUUAUACUUAUAUGCCACUGAGGUAUACAGGUAAGAUCAUAUCAUGUGAGGCAGAAGUCCCCAGCUGCUGUGGCACCAGGGACCAGUUUCAUGGAAGACAAGUUUUUUUGUGGAUUGUGGAGGGAGGUGAUUUCAGGAUGAUUUGAGCACAUUACAUUUAUUGUGUACUAUGUUUCUAGUGUCAUUACAUUGUAAAAUAUAAUGGAAAAAUUGUACUACUCACCAUAAUGCAGAUCAGUGGGAGCCCUGAGCUUGUUUUCCUGCAACAAAAUGGUCCCAGCACCAGCAUCACUGCCUUAGCUCCACCUCAGAUCAUCACCAGUAGAUUCCCAUAAGAAGCCUGUGACCUACACCCCUCACUUAGACAACUUACAUUCGGGGCUGGGCUGCUGAUCUGACAGGAGGCGGAGCUCAGGUGAUUGAUGGAGUGAUGGGGAUUGCAAAUACAGAUGAGGCUUUGCUGCGGAUUCCUAACACCAGUCCAUGGCCUACAGAUUGGGAACUGCAGAAAUAAGGCAUCUUUUAUACCAGUGAUUUUCAACCGAAACUGGAUGGCUUCUACAGGGAGCCAGGCCUCUGAUAUAGAUGCGAUUUUUGGAUUCUUCAGUGAUGGUGCACCCACCACCAAAAAGCCCAGGAAGCUGCUUCCAAGCUUAAAAACUAAGAAGCCUCGGGAGCUCGUGCUGGUGAUUGGCACAGGCAUCAGUGCUGCUGUUGCCCCUCAGGUUCCAGCCCUGAAAUCCUGGAAGGGGUUGAUCCAGGCCUUGCUGGAUACUGCCAUUGAUUUUGAUCUUCUAGAAGAUGAGGAGAGCAAAAAGUUUCAGAAGUGUCUCCAUGAAGACAAGAACCUUGUCCAUGUUGCCCAUGACCUUAUCCAGAGACUCUCUCCUGUGAGUACCUGCAUUAAUGUUCAAUCAACAUUUUUCAAAGACUGUUUGUAUGAAGUAUUUGAUGACUUGGAGUCAAAGAUGGAAGAUUCUGGAAAACAACUACUUCAGUCAGUUCUCCACUUGAUGGAAAAUGGAGCCCUCGUAUUAACUACAAAUUUUGAUAAUCUCCUGGAACUGUAUGCAGCAGACUAGGGGAAACAACUCGAAUCCCUUGACUUAACUGAUGAGAAAAAGGUCCUCGAGUGGGCUCAGGAAAAGAGGUAACUGAGUGUGCUGCACAUCCAUGGGGUCUACACCAACCCUAGCGGCAUUGUCCUUCAUCCAGCAGGAUAUCAGAACAUGCUCAGGAACACUGAAGUUAAGAGAGAGAUUCAGAACUAUGAAAACAAGUCAUUUCUUUUCUUGGGCUGCGGCUGGACUGUGGGUGACACCACUUUCCAGGCCCUUUUCCUGGAGGCCGAGCAUAAAUCUGACUUAGAACAUUUCAUGCUGGUCUGAAGAGGAGAUGUAGAUGAGUUCAAGAAGGUUCAAGAAAACCUACUAGACAAAGGUAUUAAGGUCAUCUCCAAUGGAAAUGACUAUGCUGAUCUCCUGGAGUAUUUCAAGCUGACAAGUGAGAUCUCCACCAGGGGUAGAUGAGCAGGGAUGGUGAGAGAAGGUCAGCUAAAUUGCUCCUCUGCAGUGCACAGUGAAAUAAGAGGUAUACUGUUUCCUGUUCUACUAACAACCUGUCAGCAAAAAGGUUUCCUGGGACUUAGUAAAGACUAAACAGUAAUUAACCUCUCCCACCUGUUAAGAGUUAUAUCUUUUCCUAUGAAGUCUUUUACAAGUCUUAGGAUUUCCUGUGUCUUGCUUUCUGAAGGGUUAUGAUUGACUUAAAUAUCUGCAGCUUUAGAUGAAUAAACCUGUUUUGUGAAACUUCA